AACUGAUAAAAAUUCCCAAAUUUGAAUUUGUUAAAUUCUUUAGUAGAAUGUGCUUUUGCCCCACGCUUGGACUCAAAAUCGGACUUUUAAUUUUAAUACCAUUAACUGCAGUGCUCUAUUUUUUUAUAGCUGACGUAUCGGGAAAGCUAAUCAUCCUAUUUGUGUGUUUAUCUACUGAAACAAACCCAGAUAAGACGGCAGCUCACGCCUGGUUCAUUGUAGGCUGGUUUAUUUCGAACAGUUUUUAUGUAUGGCCUCGAUUAUAUUGUACUGUAUCCGGCUCCAUGAGUUAUCCAGGGACGAAGAUCUUGCCAACUAAGUUACUAUUAUUAUAAUUAAUGUCACUAUCAUGACUUAUCAUUGUUUAGAGAUAAGUUCAUUGAUAUGGAAAACAACCUCCCGGAACUUCGGAAUCGGGAACCCCACAAAUGGAAACUGAGGACCUGUCGCGUGGUGAUCUUCGUCUCGUGGGCGAUCUCUUUCGGCUUCACCUUUGCUAACAUUUAUAUAUAUUAUUUCCACCUGCUAGAUAACUUGGAAUGCCGGAAGUGCUUGUACAAUUCAUAUAUGGCCAUCGGAAUAGCCACUUCGGUUUUGAUUUUGCCACUCCUUUUAUUUUCCCUGCCCUUGGUGGUAUUACAAACUGCCCGGGGAAUUCGCAUUUACUUGCCCUUUCUCUUUUUGGCCUCCGUUAUGGAGUUCAUGUUGGCUGUGGUUUUCACCCAAGGAUAUCCAAUCAUCGUUGAUGUUUCACAGAUGUGGAAGGACCACAAGGGUCUGGAGUUCUUUGAAGUCAGAGUGAGACUCAAUAAAACACUGCUGAAAAGUAGAUAUGAGUGCUGCGGCGUUUUGGGGCCCGACGACUACGCGGUGUCCCUGCUGGAACUUCCGAAAUCCUGUUUCAAGGAACGCAGUGGCCGCAGCGCAGACUUAUACACCACAGGUUGCUCAACCCGAUCCUACAAUUCACCCCAGAUCCCUUUUAGCGAGUAUGUCUCCGGGCUAGUAAGGUUAGGAUUGGUCCUGGCCUUGGUUGUAUACAUGAUUAUCCUGAAACGGACCAAAACAGCUCGUCGCACGCUGCGUUCAUUGAGCCCCCAAGUUCGUGUGCGAUAUUCUAGAGGUAGUUCUUCUUUAGCAGAUGGAAAUAUGGAAUUGGUAUUGCCAGUCCCAAAUGUUUAAACACAUUUUAAAAUAUUCCUUGCUUUGACACUUGUGAAUCGA